AUGGGUGACCGACGAGGUGGUCGAGGCCGUGGACGAGGCGGACAUGGUGGGAAGGAUCGUCCGGCUCUUAUUGAAUCAUCUGGAAUUUUUUCGGAGGGAUUGAGUGGAGUAGAUCCUGGCCACCGUAGGAUCAAAGAUGAAGCAGGUAUCUGUGUUACACGAGUUAAAGAAGAAGUAACUUCUGGAAUGACAUCUGGUGACGGCUACCAGGCCAGCUAUGAAGAAAUCUGGGAAAGUGAUGAUGAGGCUGACAUGCAGGAGCUCAGCGAACUUUUCAGAGAAGGGUUUAUUAGCGACCUGAACCAAGGGACUGUGUUGCCUCACGUUCUUCCCUUGGAACUUCAACCGCAGUUUGUAGAUCUCAUGCACAAAGAUGUGCGACAAGAAAUUUUGGAUGGAGAGGACGAAGUGAAAGCUGAGAUAGAGCUUGAUAUCAAAGAUCACAUCUUGCCAGAAGAAGGCGAUGGCGUAGAGACUGGGGACGGUGAGAGUCCAACAGGCAAACGUAGCAGAAAGGCUGGUCAGACGCGUGAAAGUGAUCUUUUCAUGAUUCAACUGCCAAGCAUUUUGAAAGUGAUCAGUCAGAAUAACCCUUCUGAUGACAAACUUAUAUUUCCUACUGAACAGACAAAUGGAGAUUCAAAGGUGAUUUCUUUUUCAUAGUA